AUGUGUAGGGAGAAAUUGGCAGAUGUUUGGAAUGUUGCGAGAGCAGCUGGAAUUAACAGCGAAGAAUUCAUUACAUUAAUUCUUAAAACAUUAACUUCUACAUGGUCGAUCCUUUUCACUUCAGAAAUAGAUUCAGACACAUCUGAAUGCACACAUAGACUCAAGGGACUUGACAAUGGAACUAAAAUGUUAAUGAAAUCAUGUCGCUUCAUGAUGAAUAACAAGACUAGUUAG